CUAGUUCGAAAAAAUGCCUCGUUCCGAUCCGAUCCGAGAUAAUACUGAUAACAACGAUACCGAGAAUAACCCGAGAAACGGGCCGAUCGGAUCUAUCGAGGGACAAGAAGGGCAUGUAUAUUCGUUGGCAACGAAGAACGGCCUUUUAUACAUUGGUGCGGAGAGUAAAAACAUUCGGGUUUGGAAAGAUUUAACCGAAUUAACCCGGUUUAAAUCGAACAGUGGAUUUGUCAAAUCCAUCGUGGUUUACAAAAACCAGAUUUUUUCCGGUCACCAAGACGGUAAAAUCCGAAUUUGGAAAGUCUCAAACAAGGACCCGCGCGUGUACAAACGCGCCGGGACGUUACCGGCGUUGAAGGAAGUGUUCAAGCGAUCAGUGAAGCCAAGCAACUACGUUGAGGUAAGACGACGUCGUACUGCACUCUGGAUCGAACACUCCGACGCCGUUUCGUGCCUAAGCCUCGAUGAAGAUCAAGGGCUGUUAUACUCCGGCUCCUGGGAUCGGACGGUCAAGAUUUGGCGAAUCUCUGACCUAAAAUGCCUCGAAUCCAUCAAUGCCCACGACGACGCCGUUAACUCUAUCGCCGUUACCGUCACCGGAGUUGGGUUGGUCUUCACCGGCUCCGCUGACGGAUCUGUGAAGGUGUGGAAGCGUGAGAUACAUAGGAGACGCACGAUUCAUACUCUGUCGCAGACUCUGCUGAAACAGGACUUUGCAAUUACGGCUCUGGUAACCGCCGGCGAAGACGAAGGCGGCGGAGGAGCGACGGUUUAUAGUGGGUCGAGCGACGGAUCUGUGAAUUUCUGGGAGAUCGGUGACGAAAAGGUCGUGAAGUUCGCCGGAGUUUUGAAAAGGCACAAGCUCGCUGUUCUCUGCCUCGCGGCGGCCGGAAAAUCUCUGUUCAGCGGCGGAGCAGACAAGACGGUGGUUGUGUGGAGGAGGGAAGGGAGGAUUCACACUUGCGCCGCAGUGUUGACCGGACAUGUGGGUCCAGUGAAAUGUUUGGCGGUGGCGGAAUAUUCCGGCGGCAGAGGUCGGAGGUGGGUGGUUUACAGUGGAGGCCUUGACAGGUCCGUGAAGGUUUGGAGCGCAUCGGAGACAGCGGCGGAGGAUCGAAAUCGGACGGUUGUCGUCUCGCCACGUCACUGGAGAGUGUCGGCGGAGGCGGAGAUCGACGGUGGGCGUUGGUUCUGAUCUGGCUGUGACACGUGGCGUGAACUAUUUGAAUACCAAGGCUUUUUUCCACUAGUGUGUGUAAUACAUAUACCAAUGAAUCAAAUGAUCGCAUAACAUGAUAUCUCAUAUCAGAAGCGUCCGGUCGAGUCGGUUUGCCAGUGAACCGGUUUUUGAUGAACCGAAAAUGGCUAAACCGUACUUUGUAUGAUGGCUAACUUAUACACCUAUAUCCAGAUCUCUCUGUAUCUUUGGCAUAAAUAUUUUAUGGUAAAAUAAGAUAA